GUCACGAAAGAGACGAAGUUUUAACAAGGGGGUGGUGUUGGGGGGUGGGUUUUAGCCAAGUGAUGCGCUCAGGUGCCUAUACGGUUCAACAGACACUCACGGCGGAGGCUGCUUCAGUGUUGAAGCACUCUCUGGGGUUAGCGUGGAGGAGAGGCCAUGGUCAGGUCACUCCCCUCCAUGUGGCCGUGACUUUGCUCGGUUCAAGGUCUAGUCUCUUGAGAAAAGCUUGUCUCAAGUCUCAGCAGACUCACCAGGCUUCACAUCCUCUUCACUGUAGAGCUCUUGAACUUUGCUUCAAUGUGGCUCUCAAUCGGUUACCAACGGCUCCAGCUCCGUUCCUCAUCGGACAACCAGCUUCUCUUUCCAACGCUCUGAUCGCAGCGCUUAAAAGAGCACAAGCCCACCAAAGAAGGGGUUGCAUUGAGCAGCAGCAGCCUCUUCUCACUGUCAAAGUCGAGCUCGAACAGCUUAUCGUGUCGAUACUUGAUGACCCGAGUGUUAGUAGGGUUAUGCGAGAAGCCGGCUUCUCCAGCACUACCGUUAAGAACAACAUCGAGGAGUGCUCAUCGGCACUCUCUGGCACCUUCUGGCAAACCCAUUUUUCUGAGCAGAACCCAUUUUUCUUUUCUUCUCAAAAGAAAGCACCAAGCAAUCAUAUCACGGAUUCGGCAUCGGUGAAGGAAGAUGUGAAGUUGGUUUUCGAGGUUUUUUCGAGGGAUAAAAGGAAGAACACUGUAAUCGUCGGUGACUGUUUAUCCAUGACCGAAGGCCUUGUUUUGGAGCUGAAGGCCAAGAUAGAAAGAGGAGAAGUUCCCGAGGAAAUGAAGAACGUUCACUUCGUCAAGUUUUACUUCCCGCCGCUGUCUUUGAGAUUCAUGGUAAAAGAGGACGUCGAAAAGCAUCUCACCGGCCUGAAAAGACGGGUGGAUUCCAUUGCAGCCGCUGGAGACGGUGCCAUUAUCUACACAGGAGAUUUGAGAUGGACCGCUGAAGAAAACUUGAAUGGCGAAGAACUCAUUGCGUACAGUGCAGUCGAUCAUCUAGUAACUGAGAUUGGAAGGUUGAUCUCUGAUUGUAACUUCUCGAAAACGAAGGUCUGGUUAUUGGCCACCGCAAGUUACCAGACGUACUUGAAGUGUCAAAUGAGGCAACCUCCUCUUGAAGUUCAAUGGGCACUUCAAGCAAUUUCUGUUCCGUCGGGAGGACUUGGCUUGAGCCUCCAUGCUUCCAGUGUCCAUGAUUCUCAAGGGCUCGAAAUGAAGCCAUUUGCCGAGCAUGACAAGCUCGCCUGCUGUGAAGAGUGUGCUAUAAAUUACGAAAAAGAUGUACGGUCGAUUAAGUCUACCCAGCAGAAUCUCUUGCCACCUUGGCUUCAACCUCAGGAAGACCAAAAGGAUGAAAUGCUUGAACUGAGAAGAAAGUGGAACAGAUUAUGCCACAGUUUGCACCAAGUUAGGCAUAACCAAAACCAUUUGAGUGGAGAAGGCUAUCCUUGUGCUUCAUCAUACCCUUUGAUGUCGUUCACUGAUUCUGAUUCAAAGUUUAACCAUUCGGUGCCUAAAUUCAGACAGCGAAGCUCGUGUACCGUUGAGUUUGAUUUCAGUAAUAGUGCUCGCGAGAAACGAUCAGGCCAAGCGAACUUGGACUCUCUUAAGAAUAAUGAGGAUAAAGAGGUAAAGAUCACACUUGCUCUUGGAAAAUCUCUGUCCUUGAGUUCACAGAGACCGGCAAAAGAGACAAGUGAAUUGUACAAGACGUUGCAAGAUAACGUGCCUUGGCAAUCUAGGAUUAUUCCUUCGAUAGCCGAUGCCCUGAAGCAUUCCGUGUGCUUCAAGAAACAAACUUGGUUACUGAUUCAGGGGAACGAUGUGAUCGGAAAACGGAGAUUGGCGGGUGCCGUUGCGGAAUCUGUUUUGGGGUCAGCUGAUUUGCUCUUGCACAUGAACAUGAGAUGUAAUGAGUCAACUUCCUGUUACGAUAGACUCGUAAGAGCAUUUCGGAACAACAAAAGGCUUGUAGUCUUGGUGGAGAAUGUUGAUUUGGCGGAUACCCUAUUCCUAAAACUCCUAGCCGAUGAAUUCGAAACCGGAGCAUACGACGAAUCAAGAGAAACCAAGGGAAGUAUUAGCCGAGCAGUAGUCAUUUUAACCGAGUCCAUUUGUGCGGGCCAUGAGGACUGCGAAAUGAAUCAAGAUUCCAUAAUCGAGAUGAAGCUAAUCGUCACUGAAAAAAGUAGCAGUUUUCGAACACCGACCUCUGAUAAAAAGCGAAAAGCCGUCGAGUGGGACGUUUGUAACAAGGCCAAAACGUCGAGAAUCGAAGACACAUCAUCCCUCAAAAAAGAUUUAUGGAGGCAGCGGCCGAGUUUCAACACUCUUGAUCUGAACAUGAAAGCCGAUGAGGACGAUCAAAGUGAAGAAACUAUUAGGGACACUAGUCCAAUUUCAAGCGACAUAACUGGGGAGAUCGCAGCCGGUCCACAUCUCCGACUCGAGUUCCUCGAAUCGAUUAAGAACCGCUACAUCUUCGACCGAAGUGCGUCCCGAGACAACGAGAUGAAAGGGGUUUUCAUGUCCAAGAUGAAGGGAACCCUGGAGGCAAUUUUUGGGGAUGACAAGGUGAUUAGUUUUAGUGUGGAGGAUAAGGUGUUGGAUGGGAUUUCAUUUGGUUCAAGUUAUUUUCUCCACGGCCUAUUUGAGAAGUGGCUAAAAGACAUUUUUCAAAGGGGAUUGGAAACUGUUAAAAUUGGCGGGAAAGAUGGUAUACGUGAAAUUAGGUUAAGUUAUGGGGGUAUACGUGGAAAUGCAAUGGAAAAUGGGUACAUGGGGACUUGCCUCCCUAGCAAGAUCCAAGUUUCUUUCAUGGGCUAAAUUGGGUUUCAUUUUCAUAUGUAGAAAUUUCUUGACAAUACGGAAAAGGACCAUAGUGUCCUUUGUGUAGACUAAAUUGGGGUUUUUCUUCUCGUA